GGAAAUCGAUAAAAGAGCUAGCCAGUUCCCUAAUGAAGUCCAGAAACCUUGCAUACACUUAUAGAAGACGUGGUGUUCUUGGAGUUCUUAUAUGGUGUUGGUCGGUGGGGAUAUAUAUGGCAAACAGAUACGCUGAGCCCUACAGUUGCUAUGGGGAUGUGUGCAACGAGGGUUCUGACGCACAAUUCUGUGACGUAGUCCUCGGGUACUGUCGUACGUGUGACGAAGUAAAGGACGACUGUUUUUCAAGACUGCAAACUUGUAACUGCUCACAGUUCUGUUCCGAACAUAAGUUGAGACAGGACAUAGAAAAGAUCCGAGUUGGAGAAUGCCAGGUACCGUCGCCGCCAGAGCAUGGUCGGUAUAACGUCAAUACUACUCGGCUACCAUUCGGCGCUACGUUGUCCGUUCUUUGCGAAGCAGGAUAUAUUGUUCGAAACGAACUUCCUAUGAGAUGUGGUGAUUUCUCGACUUGGACUGAAUCUCCGCAGACAUGUGAAGGUUCGCAAACCGAUUGGAAUACAUCGGCUCUAUUUCUUCUUGGUGGAAUUCUAUUUAUGUCAAUUUUAAUAAAUAUCAUAUGUUUGGUGCAAAAGAACCGAGGCAUAUGUACGUUCAAACGAAAGAAAGACAAGAGUCGAGCUGGUAAUGAGCUGCAACCACUAGUUGAUCAAAACCAAAUAGCAUCACAGGCUGAAACAAAUCACCAUACUCACUCACAAAUGACUCUACCGUCGGCGCCUCCUAUACACACCGGAAUUGAUGUAGAAGGCAAUUGCAUAAACGACAAGAACAAUUCUGCAAUCGAUUUGGAUAAAGGCCAUCUUUCAAAUACACCUAUCCACAGUAUAGAAGAAACUAACGGAAUAAAGUCUAGUGCACAUGCCUCUGAUAGUAACUGGCCGCAUGAGUUUACAUCGAAGUACCCUAAUUACCAAGAACAUGACACAAAGCUGACUCCACCUACUAGUCUGGACCACCAAAAUUGCAAAACGAACGUCUCAGUUGUCGUAAUUAUGGAAACUCCUGAGACAACGAAUAAAUCUCUGAAGAAACCAAAUGGUGCGGCUAAACAGCCAGAUAACCUUUCGCAUGACGUCUCCGAUCAGACGGACUCAAAGUAUAUUACAAAGUCAAUGGGAGGUAGUAUACCUGAUGCUUCAACAAAAGGUCCAGUGACCCAGCCUGUAGAUGAAGGAUUCGGAUCGUGGGGAAAUUGAUUAUAGUAACAUUUGAAGCAUCGUUUUCUGCACAACCUUCAAUACAAUUGGAACUGAUUAUACAUCCACUCAUAAAGCUAAAAUAAAAUGAUACAUUUGUACUACUACGUUUGUAAAAUGGUCGUGUUGAACACGUAAAACUGCGCCUUAUGGACAAGUCUCGAUUUAUCUCAAAAGAAGCAGUUUAGUUUCAAAUAAAGACACAUUUGGCAGAAAGACAUAAGCCAUAUAUUAUUGUAGUGCCGUAAUAAUUCAUUAAAAAUGCAUGCUACUUUUGAUUGAUUACCCAUUAUGUUCAUCCGUUAAAUGUGAACAAAGUGUUAACUUGCAGAUGCUUCGUUGAAAUUUGUGAUUGCUGGAUGAAGCUUAAUUUAUUUUAAUCGGGUUUUGUUGAGAAGAUGUAAGUGCACUGACAAGUCGCAUUCUGGUUCCAAUUCAAUCUCUUUCAUUUGUAAUGUUAAUACCUUAAUUGUUUUCUCUCUUAAAGUAUUUGUUUUGGUAUUUCAAUCAUUGAAUGUUUUUAAAAUAAUUGACGUUUGAAUAAGUUGCUAAAUGGUACGUUCUUUCUAUAUUUACUUGAUUGAUUUACGUCGUUACGACUGUUCAAUUAUUCAUUGAUGACAAUCUAACAAAUUGCAUGAAAUAUUUCAUAUUUAUUCAUUUAAUAUCAACAUGCAUAAGAAAUCAUUUUAAAUGAUGGGGUUACGUGUUAAACGGUAAAACCAUUGUUUGUUGAUAUAAAUACUGAUUACAAUUAUAUUUGGUACAUCAUUUGAAAUUGAUCUCUUCAUGUUAAUCACCUACGCCUUUAUAUUCAAAAUGAUAUUCAUAAAGAAAAUUUCAAUCAUGAAAACGUGUAAAUAUCUUAAAAUGAUUGACAGCUUAAAAUCACCUCAUAUCGUAACAAACAAUUUGUUUUAAGAGUACCUACACAGAUAGGCAAAGUAAACUUCAAUAAUGUAUAAGAGAGGGGAGAAUUAAGACUUGGGAAUAAAAAUGACGUGUUCGCACUUUAAAUAUAUUGUCAUUUUUUGUUUUUACUUACAACAUUACACUACUUGGAAUGGUCUGAAAUAGGUAUAAUAGCGGAAACAAAACGUUGAUAAAAAUGUUUUGCCUUUUACGGGAAUCGAACCAGGGACUUUUCAAUGCGACCUUUUUUACUUGACAUCUACAUCUCUGAGAUAUUUUACAUCCAAAGUUGUAUGUAAGAAGAAAUAUCUUGUUUUCAUUUUGAUUAAAUUAUUGCAGUUGUACGCACAUACUCGAGGACCGUUCGGGACCGUUCGGGGUAAAGGAAAUUUAUGAUAUUACUAGUAAACAAAGGGUAUUACAUAUUUAAAACCUUAAAACAAUUAGCUCUUCAUUUACAAUUAAACAAAAUUUGUCUAUUGUCACCUUUGCAUUUAGGUGCAGAAUUUGAAUGUUGUUUGCAAUACAUUUGACAAAAGACUCGCUGACGAAAUAUUCUUAGUGAAAAUGUAACAGUUUGAAAUAAGGAUAGACAAAUUUAUGAUGAUGUAAUUUUUGUUCUUUGUAUAUAGUAAGAUUUGUUUGUAAAAUUGUGUUGACAUAAAUUUGAUAAUAUAUACAUUGCCAUUGAUCUAUGUUGUUAACAUGUGCUUCAUGUGAUAUGCCUGAAGUGAUGUGGAUUAUUUCGGUGAUAAGUGUGCUUCCCAUGCAUCAAAAUAUGAUAAUUUAAACGUUGACAUGUGAAAUAGUCAUGAUUUACUAUAUUUUUGCAACUACAUGUUACGCAAUGAUGAAUAAUUAUA